AUGGUGGAUUUUAAAGAAUUAGCACAAGCCUGCGUAAGGCAGCUUGAGGCGUCCGUUCUGGAAUCAGCCGUAGAACGUCGUGUGAAGAUGACAAAUAAUUCACAAUCUCUCUUACAUGUUGCAUCAGCAUUAUCGAUACUUUCAUUUGUUGUGUGUGUUAUCCUUCUAGGAUUCAUCAUCUAUGGCCUUAUAAGAAGACGAAUUCCAUCAAGAAAACACAUUGUUAUCAUCAGUCGUGUAGUUGCUGAUCUAUUUACCUCGGCUUUAAUUGCUUUUUGCUCCUUUUUUACAAACAAGACAUCAGCUUCACACACAAUUAUUGCUCUGUUUCUAUUUAUUUCAACAUUUUCAUUUUUGCAACUCAGUUUAUCUCAUGUUUUCGUCAUUAUUCUUCGACAGAUAAGUGUCACUCGGCCAUAUGGCUUUAAAUCAAUUUGUUCAAUUCGUCGUGUUUCCUUUCUGGUUGCUCUUGGAUGGCUUAUAAGCGUAUUGUAUGCUGCUGCCUAUGCACCACUUACAACCGUUAUUUUGGAUUCUAAUAAAGACGAUGUUUGUUCUUAUUCGGGUUGUCAACGUCCACUUCUUGUUGUGUGCAUUUCUUUAAUCUGCUUUUUGAUUCCAAUGCUCCUUUUACUAUAUUCGGCUGUCUGUUGGAAAAUGCGUAAAAUCGCUUUCAGUGAAAAAAUGCACAAUGAGCCGGAAAUAACGAAAAAGAAGUUGUAUAAGUUCCUUGGUUAUGGGUCACAUAUCUUUCUUCAUUUACUCAUAUCUGUUCUGAUUGUUGUCGGAGCCGGAUUGAUACUUCGAAAUUCGUCCUUAUACUCAAAUAUUCGAAAACAUAUUCAAGAAGAUUGUGAUGUACUUGAGUAUAUAAAUACAGUUAUUCGAUUGGAAAUGAUUGCUGGAGGAGCUGUACUACUUUGGCUAACACGAAUCAUCUUUGAUGUCGUCAUCUUCUUUCUAUUAGAAUAUCAAUCCAUCAUUCCAUGUUUGGCAAGUGCUAAUUUGGAACCAUUGCGAGAAAAUCAGAUUGUAUCGCGGUCACAAACGCUCAAAUGGCAGAAAGGAUGCAUUAAUUGUCCAGUUUUUAAUAUUGAUAAUCAUUUUCAUCCAUGGGAUUUCAAGAAUUAA